CGCAAACCACCUCAACCACACCAACUUACCCAAGUUAAAUAUCCUAAUCAGCCAAAAUGCGUUACACCAUUGCUGCUUUCGCGCUCGCCGCUACCGCUGCCGCUGUCCCUCAGUACGGAUAUGGUGUCCAGGAGAGCAGCUCUGCUCCCGCCUACACUCCUGCUCCCUCAUCCACCCCGGCGGUUGAGUACCCUGCCUACCCCGUCAGCACUCCCGCCGCAGUGAGCUCCGCUCCUCCUUCGUACGUCACCUCGAAGGUUUCUUCUCACCCAGCCCCGGCCCCGUCUGUCUCCUCGGUUCCUUCUUACCCCGAGGUCCCUUCGGUCCCUUCGGUCCCUGCGGUCCCUUCGGUCACCUCUGAGUUGCCCCAGAAGCCUGUCACGACUUCUUGCGAAAGCUCAACCACCAUCACGGUGACCGUCCCCUACUACAGCGCUUCGGUCCCCGCCGGCAAGCCCUCCAUGCCUGCUAAGCCCUCUGUCCCUGCCGGCGAGGUCCCCACCUACAGCGCCUCCGUUCCCGCUGGCAAGCCUUCCAUGCCCGUCGGCCCCAAGCCCUCUGCUCCCGGUGCCUCCCACGUCACUGGCCCCGCACCUUACCCAACUGGCCCUGCGCCCGUUCCUUCCGGCACCGGUGCUAAGCCCUCGGUCCCUGCACCUGCCCCCACCGGUGUUAAGCCCUCAGUCCCUGCUGCUGGUACCGGGUACCCCACCUCCACUGGUUCCUACACCAAGCCCUCCACCCCUGCUGAGUUCACCGGCGCUGCCUCUGCUCUCAACGCUGCUGGCUUCGUCGCUGGUGUUGGUGCUUUCGCCGCCUUCUUCUUGUAAAUGUCAUCUUCUAACUGAGCUUGCUUUGGUAGGCUAUGACUUUACAUGAUGUGCAUAUUCUUCUAGUAGAUACCCUUGGUUUCCGGAAAGGGUAGUUGUAAUUAGUCGGGACGGUGUUGGCUGAAUUGAGAACUGAAAUUACGAUAUUCCUUUUGACAUUGUGACCUAUGUCCUGAUAUCGACAGCUCUCACACGACGGAUGCACAUGACCUCCCUUGUUCGGCACACUAGGCACGUCUUUGGCAAUGCCAGGUGCCGUGCCAUGCACGCAUUCGCUGGCACGAC